CGAGAGCACACGCAGAGCGUCAGUGCUUGUGCAACACUGUAGGAAAUGCUUCCAGUGCCCUUACUCUGAUGACAUAACUGUUCAUGGCGGGACAACUGAAGAAGCAAUUAAAGGACGCGGUGAAGAUCAUCAGCACCGGUGGUCUUCUCUUUGCCUCCUACCUCACUGCGGUUGGCGAUGAGCGUUUCUAUUCCAACCAAUUAAUGCCCCUGCUGCAGAAGGUUGUGGAGGCAGAGACGGCCCAUGUGUUGGCUGUGAAGAUGAUCAGUCUGGGUCUGGUCCCUCUGAACCGCUACCAGGACCCUACAUCUUUGGAAGUGAAUGUCCUGGGCUGCAAGUUCAAAAACCCCAUUGGUAUUGCAGCGGGGUUUGACAAACAUGGGGAGGCCAUAGACGGACUCUACAAAGUGGGUUUUGGAUUUGUUGAAGUGGGCACCAUCACUCCCAAACCUCAGGAGGGGAACCCCAAACCACGUGUGUUUCGACUGCCUACAGAUCAAGCAAUCAUCAACAGGUACGGAUUCAACAGCUGCGGUCUGGCAGAAGCACGGCAGAGGCUGAAGGCGAGGGAAGGAACCCAGCUAGAGCUGAGCAAAGCCGGCCUUCCCCUAGGCAUCAACCUGGGUAAGAACAAGCUGUCCCAGAAUGCGGGGGCAGAUUACCUGGAGGGGGUGAGAGUGCUGGGCCCUCUAGCUGACUACCUGGUGGUCAACAUCAGCAGUCCUAACACUCCGGGUCUCAGGGACCUACAGGGCAAGAAUGAGCUCCAUCAGCUCCUGCAUGAGGUGCUGAAGGAGCGUGAUGCCCUGCAGGGAGAGCGUAAACCUCCGGUCUUGGUGAAGAUUGCUCCUGACCUCACCACCCAGGACAAGCGAGACAUAGCCGAUGUUGUCACUGAGCUGGGGGUGGAUGGUCUCAUGGUGUCCAACACCACAGUGUCCAGGCCAGAGACACUGCAGGACCCUCAGAGCUCCGAGGUGGGAGGGCUAAGCGGCAAGCCUCUCAAAGAUCUCUCCACACACACUGUCCGGGACAUGUACAGCCUCACCAAAGGGAAGAUACCAAUAAUCGGAAUCGGCGGUGUGGCCAGUGGACAGGACGCGAUGGAUAAGAUCCGCGCUGGUGCGUCGUUGGUUCAGCUGUACACAGCUCUCACCUAUCAGGGUCCACCUGUUGUAACAAAGAUAAAGCGGGAAUUGGAGCAGCUUCUCAAAGAUCAAGGUUUCAGCAGUGUGUCAGAGGCGGUUGGAGCGGACCACCGGGGAGAAAAUGGGACAGCUCUGAAGCCACAUAGAGACAGUGCACAUGUCAACACAACAAACACUGAGAGGAUAUCAGUGCCUGUAGCUGUGGCUGCCAGCUCCUCUGGCUAGGCAACAUGAUCCUGAACUGAUUGUGCCAAUUGAUGCGUGCCCCGUGAUCAACCGUUCACCUCGCCUGCAGUCGUAUCCAAAGGCAGGAGAUGUGGCCAGAGCCUGUUGUGUAAACCAUAUGUUCACAGUUUGACGGUAGCCACUGGUAAAUGGUUUAGUGAAUGUAACUCAGAGGAACACACCAAAACUCAGUGCCAGUCCAUGUAAUGUAAAUUACCUUUAAUGCCUGUGAUGUUAAAUGUGCUGUAGUGAAAAGGUGCUCUCUGUGUGCACAGGUUUAUUGUUUGUACAGCAGGUACAGUAAGCACUAGCCCCACAAACUUGUUUAACCAAGAGGUUUCAGAAAAUCAGCUGUUAAUGUGACUGUUGUACAUAUGGAAUGGCAAAAUCAUCUGUUUAUUGUUUGCUUUAAGAAAUUUCCUCAGUAGACGUUGGAACAUGUACAUCCAAAUGUUAUACUCAUUCUUGGCUUGUAUGAUAAUAGAGGCUGCUCUUCGUAAAUAUGCCGGAGAGUGAAAACACUGUGUCACAAUUGGCCUACACACACACACACACACACACACACACACACAAACCCUGAUCUAACAUAGUAAAUGGUCGAAUAUUAUUCUGGUUUAGGGUGAGGGUAUUUAUUAAAUUAUAGAUUACGAGAGAGAAGUCUUUUGGCCUGUAAAUUAAUCACAAAUUAUAUGAGCAUGAAGAGCAGAUUGUAAAGCCUUUGCUUCAUGGGAUGUCAGAUUAAUGUAAUUAGGCAACAUUUUUAUGUAAAUAUAACUGUCAUGGUCAACCCGGCAGCUCACCUGGUGAGAGUGCCACUUGUCAGGGCUGAGUCCUGAUCGCAGCGGCUUGGGUUCAGGCCUGAGACCAGGUCUUUUGCUGAAUGCCAUCCUUCCCUGUCUUUCUCUGGUGUGGCUGUGAAAUGGAGCAGAAAUGCAAACUGUCUCAUCCAACUAAACCAAGAGAAGCACGACUGCAACAGAAGAACGUCCCACGCCUGUUAAAUGAGACCCCAUCAUCUUGUUAAUCCCAGACUCCAUAGGUUAUUGUAAGGCUUCAGAGUGGUUAGGUCCAAAAAAUGAAGUCAUUUUUUUUCUCAAAAAAAAAAAAAAAAAUCACUUGGAAUGUGGACCUCAAAGUUUUUUUUUUUUUUUUUUUUUUUUUUUUUUUUUUAUGUCGUGACUGUCAAAUUCAGAAAGCUUGUCUGUGUUGUGUGGUUUUUCCAUUAGAGCGCUGCUGAGGUGAGACACGACGACAGUGAGCUAUUUUCGGCACCUACUGGAGGUUAUGGCAGAUAAAAUCUCAAAAGCCAAUUUUAGGGCGUGUAGUCUUCUUUCUGAGUACAACAAAUAUGGCAUUCUCAUACUUAUUUUUAUAUCAAAAUUCAGUAUCUGUGGUGCUUCAUGAAUGGGUGGUUGUUAAAGUCUAAUACACACAUUGGCUACUGAAACGGGGACACUUGUGUGUUUUAAAUUUGUUGAAUGCUCUCUGAUAGUUGUGUUAAAACAAACAAA